CCAAUUACAUAAAAUUAAAUGUAAGAUACACGAAGUGCCAAGUACAAAAGCUGACUGUUAUGUAUACGUAGCGCUGUGAUCUAAACAUAUUGCAAACAGCAUGCAAACGUUUUGAAGGUUCCAAACAAGUAUCAUGUCUACAAUAAUUGUACCACCAAGUUCAGUUUAUAAAACUACUACACAAGCUCCAAAAGUAUGGAAUGCAUUAAAUGGAUUAGUAGCAAUAUAUAAACCUCAAGGAAUAUGGACAAAUGUGCUUCUGAAUCAAUUAAAGCUUCAUUUAUGUACAGAUUUAAAUGAACUUGAUAAACGACCACCUGAACCAUAUGUUCAUAUUCAUGGUGAAACAAACAAAGAACUGUCAGUGACUGUUGAACCAAGUUAUGCUGAUCAUGAAUUGGUUGUUGGUCCUCGAUAUCAACCAUCAGAUAUCAGAAUGUUACCGGUUAAUCUCUUAUCGGGAAAAAUGUCAGGAGUUACUAUUAUUGGUAUCAAUAACGGUACUGCUGCUGCUCAUCGUUUGCGAAACAUCAAACCAAUUUCAUAUUUCAAAGUUAAAGGCAUUUUAGGUAAAGCAACAGAUAAUAAUUUUGUCGAUGGAAGAAUUAUAGAAAAAGCAAAUUACCACCAUAUUAAAAGACAUCACAUCGAUAAAAUAUGUGCUACUUUACAAUCAUCUUACCAAAAAUCUAUGUUUGAAGCUUGUGGUGUUGAUAUUCAGUCUCAAGCAGCUUAUGAAUUAGCAGUUCAAGGUUUAAUUCGGCCGACACAAAAAGAAAUUCCAUUAAUAUACAAUCUUAAAUGCAUUGAUUUUAAUCCUCCUGAAUUUACUUUGGAAAUUGUUUGUCUAAAUACAUCUGAAUUAGCUCUUAAGCAACUAGUACAGAAUCUAGGGCUGGCAGUACGAACUAAUGCGACAUGCUCUUUGCUUCAAUGUUUUCAAAUAGGGAUAUUUAAUAUUGAACAUGCAUUAUUGAAACGAAAUUGGUCAGUACAACCUAUUAUUGAUAAUAUGUAUAUGAUAAAAAAAAUUAUGCAAGAACGAAAAGAAUUGUUUAUGCCAGAAGAUCCAAUUUUGAAACAAUUUUUGGCAGAUGAUGGUUCGGAAGUCGAUACAGAUGUAGAAAUUUAUGGAAACGUUUAAUGUAUUUAAAUUAUUUUAUUGUAUAAUUAUGUACAGUUUUUAACUUUAUAUUAAUACUAAAUACUAUACAUAUUUA